AUGGUCCGUGGUCAGAAGGUACUGAGCCUGCGCUUAGUCGAGGAACUCUCUCACCGUGCUGUUUGGCCGGAGAUGGACCCGGAACGGGACGAAAUUGACGCAGGGGCCGAGGGUCUGAUCUAUGCCUCCGAGACCACAUCCGUCUGGGACAGACGCCCCCUCCAAAUACUUCCUCCAAAAGGCCAACCCGGCCUGGGGAUCGGUGCCGCAGCGGUGACGAACCACAUCGGCGAAUUGGGCAUGGGGCGAGGGCGACAAGCGUGCCCCGGUAUACGCAGCGACCAGGUCGUUGAAGAGGAUGGAGAUGGAGAAGUAGUCACGCUGCGGAGUCAAUCGAACGUGGCUACGGUCCAGAUGCAGGGAUGGAUCAUGGCCGCUGACGCGGAGGGCCGCGCAGACCCCCGCGCAGGUCGUCAGAUGCAAUACCACGGCAUAGAGGAGGCCGUGGGGGUUCUUGGUGAAGAUGGUGCGGAGAAUGCAGUGCUUGCAUACCACAGCAGGGCAGGCCUCUGUCAUUCGCUCGAUAUCUACCUCACCCUCGAGAUAAAAAGCGAACGUGUCGAGGCCAGACCGCUCAAGGAAGAAUGCCUGGACGUCUGUCGCCGGGAGCACCUCGACAACUUGGGGUGUUUCCGGGAGCGUUCCUCGCUCCCGGAGCUUUGA